AUGUGUAUAUAUGGGAGUGACAUAAUAUAAUAGUAACUAUUAUAUUUUUUUCUUUUCAGUGAUAACUAUCUGGUAAGGGUCCAUGCCCAGGUAAUGACAAGAGAUGAUAGUUCUGGUGGUUGGGUUCCUUUAAGCGGAGGUGGAUUGGCAAACGUCUCGGUCAGACGCAGAGCUAUUCCCUCAGGAAUACAUCAAAUAAAUAGUGGAACUACUGUUUCUACUACGACCAAUACGCAUUCCGUCUCCAAUGCAGCAGUUGGUCUUCAAAGUCAUGGAUCUUCUAUCUCACCAUCUGGAGCAAAAAGAAAAUAUGAAUAUCUCAUUCAUGGAACACGCAUUACUGAUCAGUCGGUUGUUCUUAGUUGUACAAUUAAAAAGGACUUUGAAUAUAACAAGGUAAUGCCAACUUUUCAUCACUGGCGAACAGGGGAAAAGAAGUUUGGUUUAACAUUUCAAACAGCUGCUGAUGCAAGAGCUUUUGACAAAGGUGUCCGAACAGCAGUUGAAGAAUUAUUAGAAGAUUGCGCAAAUGGUCUGUCUGAUUUAACGUUGGCAACCAAUAUUCCAGACAGUAGAGAUGAAGAUAUUUUUAUGACUUUGGAUUUGCCAGUAGAACCAUCUGAACCACGUUCGUCUUUGGAUACAUCUCAUGGAAUUCGAGUGUCCAAUUAUUCUCAAUACUCGGAAUUUCCUGAUUCGCACCGAUCUAUUCAUUACAUUGGUGGUUCUUCAACCAUUAAAAUUCCAUCAUCACAACAUCCUCUGGCUUCUGCUACAGAUAUUGGAUCAGAUAAUUAUCCUUAUGUGCAGCUUACAACACUUAAUCAUGAAUAUCUGUAUCCUAUCAUUGACGAUCACAAGAGUGAAAGAUUAGAUGGACACAAUACUUCUAAUAGUGGAAGCUCUCUGAAGAAGCCAGACACAAUAAUAUCACAACCUUCGAAAAAUACUAUGAAACGUAAUGUGCGUUUACGUUGUAAGCAUUGUCAAGAACUAUAUUCGGAGCAACAUAAUCCAAAAGGUUCCUGCGAAUAUGCUCCUGAUCCAAUUAGGCGUGGAAUUGCAACAGUUUCUUGUUUGUCAUGUGCCCAAUGUAUGUUAUAUCACUGCAUGAGUGAUGCUGAAGGUGAUUUUGCAGAAAAUCCUUGUAGUUGUAGUACAGAAGAAGGAUGCGGACGCAGAUGGCUUGGUUUGGCCUUGUUGUCACUGAUCGUUCCUUGCUUGUGGACAUAUCCUCCACUUAAAGCUGUACAUUGGUGUGGAAUGUCUUGUGGAAUGUGCGGCGGACGUCACCACCCUAUGGAAUAAUAAUCCUAUGUCUGAUCCAUAUUCGAUUAUUUUAUUUAGAAAACAUUUUUUGUUUUAGAAUUGUACAGGGAAUAGACAAAAUAAUGUGAACAUUUGGCAAAUAUACUACUUAUUUUAUUAAUAAAAGAGUUUGACUAUUUGUUUUAAGAUACACAGAUUCUAUCCUUGUUGGAAUAGACUCAUACAAUGCUUGAAUAGUCACUAGUACAAUGUUAUAUCAUUCUAAGUAGCAAAACAUCUUUAAAUUGUUUAAGAAAUAUUAGAAAAGGAAAUCUGAUAUUUUGUAGCUCAAAACUGCUUUCAAUAACUCUAUUUAAAUCAAACGAUUGCACUGGCUAGGGAAGAUAUUGAAAUUUUGAAGAACAGAAGGCAAUUUUGAAAUACAGAAUGAGAAACAAAUUUUUUCCUCCAAUAUUAUUUAUAAAAACCAAAGAUAGAUGUUCUGCUAAAAGAAAGCACAUUUCCAUUAGUGAUUAUUCAAGCAGCAUGACAAUGUAUUCCAACAAAGAAUGGCAAGACAAUUGAACCUAUUAAAGGCAAAUGACGGUUAACUUCUUAUUAAUAAAACAAAUACUAUAUUUACCACAUGUUCAUUUUGUCUAUCCCUGUAUUCCUGUAAAAACAUCUUCAUAUAAAAUUGAUUAAAGGAAGAAAAAUUACUAUCAAACAGUAAUACAUUCAGCAA